UUUAUUCAGUUGUUAGUUGCGCUCCAAGCAUGGCCAGGACAACGGGGGAUCCAGCCAAGCGAUACAAAUGUAUUGCUCGCAUUAAGUUCUGGCGAAGAUCGCGAGUGGGCAGCGAUAUUACACUGGGUGUCCUCAAGUAUAAAGUGACCUCCAGGCAACCGCAACACUUUCAGUUUGCCAAGAUAAAAUCUUUCAUGCAUCGUGCUCUAAAAGAUGAUUACAAUUACAGCGGCUCCUUCCAAGAGGCCAUCAAACCAGUACUCAUUAUUGCCCAGAUCUUUGCCCUGAUGCCUGUACGUGGCAUAGGCUCAAAGUUUGCAGAAGACCUGACCUUCGCUUGGUCCAGUUUCCGCACAUAUUAUGCCCUGGCCAUGAUGAUUUUGUUUGGGAUUACCGCUGGCUAUAUUGUGGCCUUCCUCACGAAUGUUUCCUUUGACUUUGAUUCGGUGGAGACGAUGACGUUCUAUGGCUCCAUAUUUAUCAUCUCAAUUUCAUUUCUCCAGCUCGCAAGGCGAUGGCCCGCCAUUGCCCAGGAGUGGCAGGCAGUGGAGGCCAAGCUGCCGCCGCUGCGGCUAGCAAAGGAGCGCCGAUCCCUGGCCCAUCACAUCAAGAUGAUUACGCUGGUUGCCACCACAUGCUCUCUGGUGGAGCAUCUGCUGAGCAUGACAUCCACGAUAACCUUUGCAGUGGCUUGUCCGCGCUGGCCCGCUCAUCCCAUCGACAACUUUUUGUACUUUAACUUCUCGACUGUGUUCCAUUUCGUUGAGUACACCACAUUCCUGGGUCUGUUGGGGAAAGUGAUCAAUGUGCUGAGCACUUUUGCCUGGAACUUCAACGACAUAUUUGUGAUGGCCGUCAGCGUGGCACUGGCCUCACGUUUCCGCCAGCUCAACGAUUACAUGCAGCGCGCGGCAAGAACGGCCACCACAGUGGAGUACUGGAUGCACUGCAGAAUCAAUUUCCGGAAUCUCUGCAAACUUUGUCAAGUCGUAGACGAUGGCAUCUCGGCCAUAACUCUUCUCUGCUUCAGCAACAAUUUGUAUUUCAUUUGUGGAAAGAUCCUAAAGAGCAUGCAAACAAAGCCCUCUGCCUCGCACACCAUGUACUUUUGGUUCUCGCUCUCGUAUCUGCUGGGCCGCACACUCAUUUUGUCACUCUACAGCUCCAGCAUCAAUGAUGAGUCCAAGCGACCGCUGCGUAUAUUUCGCAUGGUGCCCAGAAAGUAUUGGUGCGAUGAGCUCAAACGCUUUUCCGAGGAAGUUCACAUGGACACGGUGGCAUUGACGGGCAUGAAGUUCUUUAGUUUGACGCGUGGCGUUGUCAUUUCGGUGGCGGGAACUAUCGUGACCUACGAGCUGAUUCUGCUGCAGUUCAACAAGGAGGAAACGACGGCGUUUACCUGCUAUUGGACAAAGUCGGAACACAUGAUGAAGUUUCUGCCUGCAAAACUCGAACAAAAGUUCCGGCGCUUAAAGAAGCACGCGAGGUCGCCAUUGAUGCGAAAGCUGGAUGUGAUGCACGAAAGCGCACGUCAAAAAGUCUUUCAGCAAAAGUGCGAUGAAUACAAAGAUCAAAAGGAGUCCGAGUUUGAGUGUAGGAAACGACCGACAAAAAUUCCUGGAGGCUCUAGGGAGACCUUCCUCAGUGAUGGCACCUUUCACCAGGCCGUAGGCAGGGUGCUGCUUGUGGCCGAGUUCUUUGCCAUGAUGCCGGUCAAGGGCGUGACGGGAAAGCAUCCGGCAGACCUAAGUUUCUCCUGGCGCAACGUGCGCACUUGCUUCUGUCUGGUAUUCAUCACCUCCAGUGUGGCAAACUUUGGACUAUCGCUGUUCAAGGUGUUAAACAAUCCCAUUAGCUUCAACAGCAUCAAGCCCAUUAUAUUUCGUGGCUCGGUGCUGUUGGUUCUCAUUGUGGCACUGCGGUUGGCUCAGAAGUGGCCCGCUUUGAUGAUGUACUGGCAUGAAGUGGAGCAGGGCUUGCCGCAGUAUCCAUCGCAGCUGGCCAAGUGGCAGAUGAGGCACACUAUUCGAAUGGUUAUGCUUGUGGGAAUGAUGCUUUCCUUUGCGGAGCAUCUACUCAGCAUUGUAUCGGCCAUUAAUUAUGCUAGGUAUUGCAAUGGCACUUCUGAUCCCAUCAAGAAUUUUUUUCUGCUCACCAACGACGAGAUCUUUUACGUGACCAGCUACUCCACGACCUUGGCCUUGUGGGGAAAGUUCCAGAACGUAUAUUCCACAUUUAUAUGGAACUAUAUGGACAUGUUUGUGAUGAUUGUCAGCAUUGGAUUGGCAGCAAAGUUUCGACAGCUAAACAACGACUUGAGAAACUUUAAGGGAAUGGUGAGUGACACAGUUCUACCUCCUCUUUUCUCGUCACUGAUUGGUAUCUUCUUUUAGCACAUGGCGCCUUCAUACUGGUCGGAGCGUCGCAUUCAAUACCGAAGCAUUUGCAUAUUGUGUGACAAAAUGGACGAUGCCAUUUCACUCAUCACAAUGGUGUCCUUUUCGAACAACCUUUACUUCAUAUGCGUUCAGCUUCUGCGUAGCUUGAAGUUUGUACAACAAUUUCUGAUACUUGAAGCUGUUCAUUUAUGCAUUUUCCAAUUGCAGCACCAUGCCUUCGGUGGCCCUGCCGUUUACUUUUACUUCUCCUUAAUAUUCCUCAUUGGUCGCACGCUGGCUGUGUCGCUGUAUUCCGCCAGUGUGCACGACGAGUCGCGGGUCACUCUGCGAUAUUUGCGCUGUGUGCCAAAGGAUUCAUGGUGUCCGGAGGUCAAGCGCUUUUCGGAGGAAGUAAUCAGCGAUGAGGUGGCUCUCAGUGGCAUGAAGUUUUUUCAUCUUACUCGAAAGUUGGUAUUGAGUGUGGCAGGUACUAUAGUUACCUAUGAGCUGGUGCUCAUCCAGUUCCAUGAGGAUAACAAUUUGUGGGACUGCAAACAGAGUUAUUACUCGUAAUUUGAGAGAACAUUUAAGUUUGCAUAAU